AUGUCACCCCAAGCCCAACUCGAUCCCGCAGUCGACAACUCCCUGGACGACAUCUUCGGCUCCUCCCCACCCCACGAAAGCACACUGACAUCAAAAACCCCAAUCACCCCAUCCGAACCCUCCGACCUCCCCAGUCUCCGCCGCCAACACGUGACAGCAGGCUACCGCGACGGCACAUCCGCCUCCAAGGGCGCACACGUGCAAGAAGGGUUCGACGGGGGUUUCCCCGUCGGCGCGCAGCUGGGUAUGCGUGCCGGUACUGCACUGGGGAUUAUGGAGGGACUGCUACGCGGGUUCGAGGAGCGCAGUGGACCGGGUGUUGUGAGGAAGCCGGCUGUUCGGGCGGGUCAUUCUGCUACUGCAUCUGGAUCUGGGUCUACGAAGACAGAUGACGGUGGCAAUACUGGAAUUUCGGAAUCACGUCGGCAGAAGAGGGAGCAGAUCCGUGUGCUUUAUGAAACUGCGCUCAAGGAGCUGGAUGUGCAGGCUGUUUUUGCCGGAGCUGAUGGUACUGGAGCGGAGGUCGCAUCGAAGGCUGAGGAUGGGGAGGAAAAGGCGGAGACGCAGCUUGGGCGGAAGGGUGAUGUUGUUGUUUCGAAAUGGGAGGGCAGGGUUGAUGUUCCGAGGUGGGAGGAGAAUAUGGAGGCUUUGGACAUGAAGGAGAAGGAGAAGGAAGAGGGCAAGGGCGAGAGCCAGGUUGUGGAGCACAGUUGA